AUGUGGAUUCUCGUAGUAGUCGUUGUAUUCCUGCUGGGAUUUCUUGCCUAUCUCGACACAAGAAAACCGAAAAACUUUCCGCCGGGCCCGAAGUGGUGGCCUUUUCUCGGUUGCGCUCCUCAAAUAGCCAAUCUUCAGAAACGAACCAACCACCUGGUGUUUACUACUGCCGAAUUAGCGAAGACUUACGGCAAUGUUUUGGGCCUUAAGGUCGGCACUCAAGUCUUGGUGGUUGUAAAUGGUAUAGCGGCUAAUAAGGAGUUCUUGCUGAGCGACGAUCUAUCAGGAAGACCUCUGGGGGAGUUCUACGAUAAAAGAACGUGGGGAAAAAGAAGAGGUAUUCUAUUAGUGGACGAAUUGUUUUGGCAAGAACAGCGCAGAUUUUUCUUAAAGCAGUUAAGAGAGUUUGGUUUCGGUACGAGAAACAUGUCUACAUUGAUCGAAGAAGAAGCCCAGGAAUUAAUCGCUUAUAUAUGCAAAUUUACGGCUUUGAACGACUCGUCUGUGUUCAACAUACAAAAUUUGUUUAACCUCCACAUUCUCAACAGUUUAUGGAAGAUGUUGGCUGGAGUUAGAUACGAUGCGGAAGAUAAGAAGAUGAGAGAACUACAAGCUAUUCUAAAUGAACUAUUCCGGGCAGUAGGUGCAACGUUCAGCCACUUCCCCAUUUUAAAAUACUUAGCACCGGAAAAAUCCGGUUACAACGUUUACGUCAGGUCUCACAAUUGCUUGUGGCGUUUUCUAAGAAAAGAAUUAGCUCAUCACAAAGAAACUCACGUGCCAGAUUCUCCGCGGGAUGUCAUAGACGUGUAUUUAAACGUCCUGAAAUCUUCGGAAGAGUCCGGAAAAAGCUUCUCCGAAGACCAGUUGGUAGCCACCUGCAUGGACAUGUUCAUGGCGGGUUCCGAGACCACGAGUAACACUCUGAGUUUCGGGUUUUUGUAUCUAAUUCUGAAUCCGGACGUGCAAAGGAAAGCUCAAGAAGAAAUCGAUCGAGUAGUGGGCAGAACUCGAUGCCCCUCGUUAAACGAUAGGCCCAAUAUGCCUUAUUUGGAAUGCGUGGUAAUGGAAUCCCUCAGGAUGUUCGCAGGACGAGCUUUCACCGUGCCACAUCGAGCUAUUAGAGACACAUAUUUAUGCGGAUACAGGAUACCUAAGGACGUUUUAGUGAUCGCCAAUCUGUACGGAUGUAUGUUAGAGAAGGAAUCCGGCUACAAAAAUCCGGAGGCGUUCGAGCCGGAAAGGUUUCUGAGCAACGGCAAAAUAUCUUUGCCGGAUAAUUUCAUUCCCUUCGGUUUGGGGAAGCACAGGUGUCUCGGAGAAUCGAUGGCAAGAGCGAAUGUGUUUCUGUUUCUGGCGGCGCUUCUGCAAAAAUUCGAUUUCGGAAUCGUGCCAGAACAGCCUCCGACUGCUGAAUGGGCGGACGGGAUAACGCCCGGGCCUAAACCGUUUAAAGCUCGAAUUACUCCUAGAAAGUAUACUGACAAUUUUUAG